AGAAGAAGAGCAGCAUCACCUCCACCAUCACACGCACACACAUUCACAUACACAUGAGAUAAAAAGGCCUCUCUGCCCAAAUCUCCACCUACAAAAAAAAAAAAAAAAAAAAAAUCAGAUAAAAAUUUUUUUCAAUCAAAUCUCUCUCUCUCUCUCUCUCUCUCUCUCUCCAAAUUCCGUCCCUUUAACCCUAAAUUUUCCGCAUCUUCUUCUUUUCUUUUAGCUUACAUUCAAUAGAGGAGACCGUAGUUUCAUCGUCUUGUCCGUUUCAGUUUCCCGUGGGAAUGUGUUCACUCUACUUGACGAAGAUCUAAGUUCUGAUCGCUCUCGGUUUCCGUCUCUCUCCGAUCAUUCACUUUCUGCAGUUUUCGGUUUCAGGAUCGAUCUGUGAUCUGAAGGAACACAAACCACAAUUGUUUAUGUGAUUUGCAUGGGGUGACGAUGCCAGAGUUGCGAAGCGGAGCACGGAGAUCCAAACGCCUUGAUGAUAUUCAGCCGAACCCUCAACCAAUUGAUCAAGGAGAGAAUUGGGUAUUGCCACCCCAAAAUAGAACAAGGAGAAGAGUUGGUGGUGGGAGAGGAAGGGGUAAUGCUACAGCUUUAGCAAAAGCGCCUUCACCAGCUGUACCUGCAAGGCCAACUGCUGCAGGUAGAGGUCGGGGAAUCAGGGUGAUAAAUUUGGACCCAGAACCUUGUGAAGCUCUUCCUGAAGCUGGUGCUGGUGCUUUAGCAGCUGUUGAACCUGCUUAUAAUCGACUAGAAGUGGUGGCUGAUAAAGAUAUUGCCAUGGAGGGGGGAAGUGCAGAGAAGAUAGUGGGGGUUGAGGAGGAGGCUAGCAAUACCCCGGUCCCUGAAAGGCUGUCUUUCCUGUGCAGGUGCAAAGUGGGUAAUUCUCCUGUAUAUAAGAUAGAAAGGAAGCUUGGUAAGGGUGGUUUUGGGCAGGUUUAUGUUGGCAGAAGGGUGAGCGGUGGCAGUGAUAGAACUGGGCCAGAUGCCAUUGAGGUUGCCUUGAAGUUUGAGCAUCGAAAUAGCAAAGGCUGCAAUUAUGGGCCUCCUUACGAGUGGCAAGUGUACAAUACUCUAAAUGGUUGUUAUGGAAUUCCUUGGGUGCAUUUUAAGGGUCGCCAAGGAGACUUUUAUAUUCUGGUGAUGGACAUGCUUGGUCCAAGCCUUUGGGAUGUCUGGAAUUCUUUGGGACAAUCGAUGUCACCAAACAUGGCAGCCUGCAUUGCAGUGGAGGCAAUAUCAAUUCUUGAGAAGCUUCAUUUGAAGGGGUUUGUUCAUGGAGACGUGAAACCUGAAAACUUUUUACUUGGUCAACCUGGAACGGCUGAUGAGAAGAAGCUGUAUCUUAUUGAUCUUGGCUUGGCAUCAAGAUGGAAAGAUGCCCAUUCUGGUCUGCAUGUUGACUAUGAUCAGAGGCCUGACAUAUUUAGGGGAACUAUAAGGUAUGCAAGUGUACAUGCCCAUUUAGGUCGCACAGGAAGUCGAAGGGAUGAUCUUGAGUCAUUGGCGUACACAUUAAUAUUUCUCAUAAAGGGAAGAUUACCAUGGCAGGGAUACCAGGGUGAUAAUAAGAGUUUUCUUGUUUGUAAAAAGAAGAUGGCCACUUCUCCAGAGAUGAUGUGUUGCUUUUGUCCUGCUCCAUUUAAACAAUUCCUUGAAGCUGUUACAAACAUGAAGUUUGAUGAAGAGCCUAAUUAUGCCAAGCUUAUAUCUUUUUUUGAUACCCUAAUUGAACCAUGCGUGUUGUCUAGACCAAUUAGAAUUGAUGGAGCACUUAAGGUUGGCCAAAAACGGGGAAGGCUGCUUAUAAAUUUGGAAGAGGAUGAACAGCCAAAGAAAAGAGUAAGAUUAGGUAGUCCUGCCACCCAAUGGAUUUCGGUUUAUAAUGCCCGUCGUCCCAUGAAGCAGAGAUAUCACUACAAUGUUGCAGACACAAGGCUGCGUCAGCAUGUAGAAAAGGGGAACGAGGAUGGUUUGUAUAUUAGCUGUCUAGCAUCUGCUGGUAAUCUCUGGGCCUUGAUAAUGGAUGCUGGGACAGGUUUCACCUCUCAAGUUUAUGAAUUGUCGGCUGUGUUUCUGCACAAGGAUUGGAUUAUGGAACAGUGGGAAAAGAAUUACUAUAUAAGUUCAAUAGCUGGUGCAAGUAAUGGGAGCUCUUUGGUUGUGAUGUCCAAAGGAACUCCUUACACCCAGCAGUCUUAUAAAGUGAGUGAGUCUUUUCCUUUCAAGUGGAUAAAUAAGAAGUGGAAGGAAGGGUUUCACGUGACCUCCAUGACAACUGCUGGUAGUCGUUGGGGUGUGGUAAUGUCGAGGAACUCUGGAUAUUCUGAGCAGGUUGUGGAACUAGACUUUUUGUACCCAAGUGAAGGAAUACAUCGCCGGUGGGAGAAUGGUUUCAGGAUAACAGCCAUGGCUGCCACAUCAGAUCAAGCAGCUUUUGUGUUGAGCAUACCAAAACGAAAGAUGCUGGAUGAAACUCAGGAAACUCUGAGAACCUCUGCUUUCCCGAGCACCCAUGUUAAGGAAAAAUGGUCCAAAAAUCUCUACAUCGCAUCAAUCUGUUAUGGCCGUACCGUCUGCUGAUCUCGAAGAUGUAAAUGUUUUGUAUGUUGCCUUUAAAAUUUUGAAAGCAAAGAAGACUGUCUUGAGAUAAUUUCACAUGUGCAGAUUUAACUUUCAUAUGGAAGUUAAAAAGGUAAUCCAGCUUCUUAUAUAGGAUGAUCCCAUAUGUGAAUGUAAAAAGGAAAAGAGAAGAGAAAUGAUAGAAUUGAGAGUUGGAAAACAUGGUUUGCCCGAAAGCUGAUAUGCGCGAGCAGGGCAACGGUUUGUUAAAACAUAUCUACCAUAGUAAUCUGGUCAUUGCUUACCAGGCUAUGGUUCUUGACUGUCAUUUUACUUUUAAAUUAUCAUAAAUGAAAGAACAAGGAAAUGGGAUAACAUUUCCAUGUCUCAUAAAA